AUGAAGUACGACUACAUCAUCAUCGGCGCAGGUUCAGCGGGUUCGGUGCUGGCUACUCGACUGACGGAGGACUCGGACCGAACGGUGCUUCUGUUAGAAGCGGGGCCGGACUAUCCUGACAUUGAGCACCUGCCCGAAAGCGUUAAGCAGGGCAACAAUCCGUGGCAUUCGGCAUACGGGCCCGACGCGCAUAGCUGGAACUAUGAGGGUAACGCCGUGCCGGGCCGAGAGCCGUUCAUCGUGCCGCGUGGGAAAGUCACCGGCGGUUCGAGCGCGAUCAAUGGGCAGGUGUUUUUCCGGGGGAUACCGGAGGACUAUGAUGAGUGGGCGGAAUUUGGAAAUAGCGAGUGGUCGUUUGUGAACUGCCUGCCAUUCUUUCGCAAGAGCGAGACGGACCUGAAAUAUGGUGGCGACGACUUUCACGGAUCUGGCGGACCUAUUCCGGUGAGGCGCUACGAAAGAGACGAUGUCAAUCCCAGCGCGAAGGCGUUCUGGGCGGCGUGCGUGAGUGCGGGUUUCCCGGAGUCAAUGGACCAGAACCAUCCCGAAUCGACCGGGGUGGGACCACGCCCGCUGAACAAUGUUGACGGCGUCCGAAUGAGCACUUCCCUAACCUAUCUUUCCCAAGUUCGGCAUAGGCUGAACCUGACAAUUCGCGGCAAUGUGAUGGUGCAUCGAAUACUGUUCGAGGGCAAGCGCGCGGUUGGAGUCGAAGGUGAGAGCGGAGGUGAAGUGUUCAAAGUGUUUGCGGAUGAGAUCAUCCUGAGCGGAGGCGCAAUCAAUUCUCCGCAGACGUUGAUGCUAUCCGGAAUCGGCCCUGCUGAGCACCUAAAGGAAACGGGCAUCGAUGUGCUUCAUGACCUGCCCGGCGUAGGUGAGAAUCUGCGCGAUCACCCGUCCACUUUCAUUCCAUUCAGCACAAAUCUGGAAUUGGCGGACAUAAACACGCCUUCCAUUCAGGUGGGUAUGCGCUACACGACGCCGAAUUCCAUACAUCGAAACGACAUGCAGAUGAGUCCGAUUCUGAUGACCAGCGAACACAGGCCGUCGAAUGUGCAGUUGAACGAGGAGGGCACUUACACCGGGUUCAGCGUGGCAUUGCAGAAGGCGGUAACCGCGGGCACGCUUCGGCUCGCAUCCGCCGAUCCGAACCAGCAGCCCGUGCUGAACUACAACUACCUGAGUGAUCCGUGGGAUCGUGAGCGGAUGCGCGGCGCUGUGAGGCUAUGUGUUGAAAUCUCGCAGAGUCCAGAGUAUCAGGAGAUCCUGAUUGAGCGGCUGACGCCGUCGGAUGAGGAGCUUCAGGACGAUGACGCGCUGGACCGAUGGCUGCUGGAAUAUGUGGGCACGCAGCAUCAUUCGUCAGGUACUUGCAAGAUGGGCGAUUCGUCUGACGAGAUGGCGGUCGUGGACCAGUUUUGCCGGGUGCAUGGUAUCGAGGGGCUGCGCGUCGUGGAUGCGUCCGUAAUGCCUGAUGUGGUACGAGCUAACACGAACGCGACCACUAUCAUGAUUGCGGAACGGGUGUCGCAGUGGAUAAAUGACGGGGUAUAG